CGCCCCUUUAACGCUCCGGCGUUUUGCGACACUGACCUUUGCUUUACGGCAGCGUGAGAAGCAACACCGAACAUGUGAAGAAAAGGAGCGAAAAGAAGGAAAAUCAAAAUAAGAUUCCAAAUGGAGAACUACAGUAAGGUUCACAGUACGGAGCAGCCGUCCGUGUGUCCAUUCGGCCUUGUCGCCGAUACGCCGGAGGUGCGCGUCAAAGAAGGCAGCAAGAUCCGCAACCUGCUCCGCUACGCCCUGAGCCGCGUAGAGACCAAACCCCAGGCAGAAAAAGAUGGUGAAGGCGAGGUCGAUGAGGCUCCGCCUGGCCGCCCCCUCUGCCGCCAGCUGGUAUUCACGGCGAGCGGCAAGGGCGUGUCAAAAGCUAUCACGUGCGCCGAGGUGGUUAAGCGACGUGUCCGGGGCCUGCAUCAGUUGACCUCGCUGGCCAGCACCACGCUGACCGAUGUGUGGGAGCCCCUGGAGGCGGCCGUCGGGCUGGACGGCAUCACCGUCAGCAGGAAGCUGCCCGUCAUCUGGAUUCUCCUCUCUAAGGACCCACUGGACCACAACCUGCCUGGGUACCAGGCGCCUGGACGCUGCGACAACCUUUGGACUCGGGAUGAAAAGGAGGAGGUGGGAGCAUACAAGAGGAAGCGGGGCGGAGGCCGAAGCGGGGACGGCAGAGGAAGAGGCGGAGGACGCUACGCAGGAAGUCCUCGAGACUUGAAAGGACCCAGAUGAUAAAAAGCAGCGAGGGUUGUUUGGGAUAAGAUUGCAAAGGGGUGGAAAAUUUUCAUAGGAAGUUAAGUCGAAGCAUUUUGGAGCUGCACCGGUGUCUUGAUUUACAACUAUUUCGCUGAUGAGUUUUAUAAAUUAUGAACUGCGGCUUGUUAUUGUUUUUUUUUUUGGUUUGUGUAUGAAGCCAAACAUCUGAUUCUGGUGAGCAUUGGACACUCCAGCGCCCCCAAAAUUAAGGACGCUAAAAUAGGCUUGAUGUCAUGUGACUCAUGUAAGUGUCGACCAGGUGAAGCAUUAAAGCGUUCCAACCAAUUAGUUGAAAAGAAGAUGCACGGCCAAAUCCCUUAUUUUCAUUUUAGCUCGAGGAAUGGAACGCAGAGGGGAGUGCCACUCUUGGUUCGCGGGGUCCCUCUAGUGGUAGACAAAAGAUUAAACCAAUGUGACCUUUUAACUGCAGUUUUAGUGGCAUCCUCUUGCCACCCUGGUGAGGACAAGCGGUAUACAAAAUGGAUGGCUAGAAAAUGACCAACGUGACAACUGAUAUGAAUGUUUUCCCAUUUUCUUUAUUCACACACGACAUUUAAAUAAAUUAAAGGUGCAAACGUGCGUUGUAUCAACAUCGUCACAGUGGAUUUUGGUCUUCAAAAAAAAAGACAGUUAUAUAUACAUGUGAGUUGUACAUUCUAUUGCCUUGACAUUGUCCCCUCAUGUUGUAGAUCAGGACCAGGGUCUCCACAAGCUCCCCGCCAUGUUAGGCCUCUUUUGAGGCGUGGUGUUGAAAAGGAUGACCCUGGAGGGACCCCCAAUAGUCGGAGGGGAGCAGGAGGGCCACGAAGAAGAUGAGGAAGCUGAGUCAGCCAUCGCUUUGCCGUCAGAAUGCAGAAAGUGGGCAGCCCUCUGCAGGCAGGAGGAGAAGCCAUGUUGGACCAUCCACUAAUCCACGGGCACGUGGACGUAACCCCCAUCAAAGCCAGCCGACCCCCACUCAAGCGACACGCGCCCCCUGAGAGGUGAGACCAGCUCGUGCUGCAUUAACAUCUGUGAGGGAAAAAAAAGAAUGGGGGGGGUCUUGUCGGCGUCAAGGCAUCCGGCUUAUACAACGUAAAGCUUGCUUGUGUGUGUGACAAAAAACACCUCCAAGAGGAAGCCAGCAAAAAAAAAAA